AUGGACAACGAGGAAUUGCAAUCGAUAGAUUCCUAUGAGGAGCAAUUUCCUCAAUCAUAUGUACCUGCAGAGCCAACCCCAUACGAUGGUGCUGGCACUGGCAGUGGUACAGAACAGGGCAGCAGUCACUUGAGGCUUGUCCCCACAGAGACAGUGAAGUCUUUACAGGAUAUGGGUCUUACCUCCGACGUUCCUAUUCCUGAUGUGAAUGCCCCCACAUUUUCUGUUUCGAAGAACGCCAUCUUUCCAGAAGAAUAUACAUUAGAAACGCCUACAGGUUUAGUUCCUGUUGCUACGUUGCAUUCUAUCGGUAGAACGCCGACAGUAAUCUCGAGGACUAGAACCAGACAAAUUGAUAGACAGGAUGGUUCUAGCAGUAUCGAUGAUAAAAACGAAGAAGAAGGAGACGAUGAGUUCCCUAGCCACCUGGAUAAGGAUAUCGAGUUCGUUACCUUUGUUACAAACGAUCCCCAAAAUCCUCACAACUGGCCUCUGUGGGUCCGUUGGACGUAUACCAUCUUGCUAUCCAUUCUUGUGAUUUCUGUUGCUUACGGUUCAGCUUGUAUCACAGGUGGUUUGUUCACCGUGGAAGACAAGUUCCACGUCAGCGAAGAAGUCGCUAUUUUGUCAUGUUCAUUGAUGGUCAUUGGUUUCUCAUUGGGUCCAUUGAUUUGGUCUCCAGUGUCUGAUCUAUUUGGUAGACGUGUUGCCUACUUCAUUUCUCUUGGACUUUAUGUUAUUUUCAAUAUUCCAUGCGCUUUAGCCAAAAACAUUGGUACUCUUUUAGUGUGUCGUUUCCUUUGCGGUGUGUGGUCUUCUUCUGGUCUAUGUCUCGUUGGUGGGUCCAUUGCUGAUAUGUUCCCAGCUGAAACUCGUGGUAGAGCAAUUGCCUUCUUCGCUUAUGCCCCAUACUGUGGUCCGGUGUUUGGCCCCUUGGUUAAUGGGUUUAUCUCAGUUUCAACCAAGAGAAUGGACCUAAUCUUUUGGGUGAACAUGGCAUUUGCUGGUGUAAUGUGGAUUAUUACCUCUUGCAUCCCAGAAACUUAUGCUCCAGUUAUCUUGAAGAGAAGGGCAAAGCGUUUAAGAGUGGAACUUUCCAACCCUAAGAUCAUGACUGAACAAGAAGCUCAAGGUAUGUCUGUUUCAGAGAUGGUUCGUGAGUGUUUGUUAAGACCUUUGUACUUUGCUGCUACAGAACCAGUCCUUGACUUGAUGUGCUUCUACGUUUGUCUAAUUUACUCUUUGCUAUAUGCCUUUUUCUUCGCUUACCCAGUUAUCUUUGGUAAACUAUACGGUUACAAGGAUAAUCUCAUUGGGUUAAUGUUCAUUCCAAUUUUGAUCGGGGCCUCUGGUGCAUUGGCCACCACAUCUUACUGCGAGUCGAAAUACGUGGCUUUGACACACAAGCGUAAGCCAACACCAGAAGAUCGUUUAGUCGGUGCCAUGAUCGGUGCUCCAUUUGCUGCCAUCGCAUUAUGGAUCUUGGGUGCUACUUCGUACAAACACAUCAUUUGGGUUGGUCCAGCUUCUUCUGGGUUAGCCUUUGGUUACGGUAUGGUGCUUAUCUACUAUUCCUUGAACAAUUAUAUCAUCGACUGUUACGCAAUGUACGCUUCUAGUGCUCUAGCUACUAAGGUGUUCUUGCGUUCUGCUGGUGGUGCCGCUUUCCCAUUAUUUACCAGCCAAAUGUAUGAUCGUUUGGGAUUGCAAUGGGCUUCGUGGUUACUUGCAUUCAUUUCUACUGCAAUGAUCGCCAUUCCAUUUGCCUUUUACUACUAUGGUAAAACCUUAAGAUCCAAGUUAUCGAAGAAGGAUUACUCUGCCGAUGCUAUGUGA